UGGAGGUCAGCAGUAAAAUGGCUUCAUUCCUUCAGAGGUUUACAGGAGGUCUUCAGGUCCAGACAGCUUCAGGAACGUCCUAUCAGCCGUCAGGGAUCAAUAAGGUCCAUCAGACAUGUUGAUUGGAGAUUCAAGGUCAUGUGACGCCUGCAGCAGCCGUCAGUCGCUAUAAAUAUCCUGUUAGCUAACGGUCAGAUCAGUUAGCAGCAGGACGGACGGACAGACGAACGGACACACAGACUUCCAGCAGUGAUGGGUCUGGACGUUCCCGUCUACGAUCUGUCUGUGAUCAGAGGACUCUGGGAGGUCCGGGCGAAGAAACACCGACAGAAACAGAAGAAGGAGCAGGAGAGGAAGGAGAAGAGCGCCCUCACCAGGAUCGAGCAGGAGUGGCAGUAUCGCAUCUACUGCAAGAGUCUGAAGAGCAGUGAGAGGAACCUGCUGCAUCACUACCUGGAGAGGUCUACGCUGACAGAUAUACAGCCCCACACAGAAGCUGAUCAGCACCAGGAUCAGGUCUCUCUGGAGGACCAGAAGGACCAGAAUGGGCUGAUCUUCAGGCUGGAUGGAGAGCGUCAUACGGACUUUCCCAGGGAGCUGCAGUGGAUGUCCUACCUGGAGGAGUGGCACGUCAGAGGAACCAGGAUCCGCCAGCUGCCCGACUUCCUGCCGCUGUUCACUCAACUCACCGUCCUGCAGAUCCCCAAGAACUGCAUCACCGAGCUGCCGCCGGAGAUCGGUAAACUGACGGCGCUCAGAGAACUCAACGUCAGCUACAACCGUCUGUCCAAAGUUCCUCCAGAGCUUGGAGACUGUGAGAACCUGGAGAAACUGGAACUGGCCGGAAACCACAACCUGUCGGAGCUGCCGUUUGAGCUGAGCGGUCUGAAGCGGCUGCUCCACCUAGACAUCGCUGAGAACCGCUUCAUCUCCAUCCCCAUCUGUGCUCUGAGGAUGUUCAGUCUGCAGCUGCUGGACCUGAGCAGCAACCAGCUGACGGACCUGCCGCAGGACAUGGACAGGUUGGACCAGUUGGUGACGCUGUUGGUCCAUAAGAACCAUCUGACUUACCUUCCUCACUGCCUCACCAACAUCCCAACGCUCAAGAUGGUCGUCGUCAGCGGCGACGAACUCACCUGCGUCCCGACCAGAGUGUGCAGCAACCCAGACAUCAAGUUUAUCCGACUCUACGAGAACCCGACAAGUGAAGAGAAGAGGAAGAAGAAGAAGAAGAAGGAGGAAGAGGAGGAGAAGAAGGAGAAGAGGAGGAGGUGGAGGCAACAGCAGGAGGAGAAGAAGGACGGCAGAGAGAAGGAGUUCAUGGAGGCGUACAUCAGCUCCCUGAAGGACAGAGACGCCGUCCCGUACUCCACCACCAAGGUUUCCAUUUCCUGUCAGUUGUGAUGAAGGAGGAAGCUUCAGAACGUGAGCUAACAGGCUAACUUUGGCUAACGGCGUGACAUCAUCAGAGGGC